CACACGGAAUUUCGGAACGUACCCAUAUUAAUUUGUCAAAGUGCUUCGCGUGAUGAUUUUAUAACAAAAGAAAAGGGUAUUUUUUGAAAACAAUGAAUGCGAUAAUACGACUAAGUUUCUUUUAAACGUUAAAAUAGUGUGUUCGUUGUUGCGGAUGCACCAACCCAACGCUAUAAAUAGCUGAGCCAGCUAGACACUGCCAAUGUUAUCAAACAAAUCUUCUAGACCAGCAUAGAAGUUUUGAACUCCUCUAGUAAUUUCGCAAUGUUUUUGCCGCUGAUGCACUAAGAUUAAGUUGCGGGCGUGUUGUUUUUAGUGUUCGUCCGUUGCAAACUGAGCAAACAUGGAUUUACUCGAUUUGCCCGUUGUAAUGAUUGAGAAUAUUCUGUCAUACUUAACAUAUGACGAAAUCGCGAAGAAUAGAGUGGUAUGUAAGGCGUUCAAUGAGCUGUCAAUGCGGAUGCUUAACCGAGGGUUCCUAAUGAUAGAGAGACGUCAUGCCCUCGCACUCAAGACUGUUAAAGCUCAGCUGCCUAGGCGAGAGUCUGAGCGCAGAUAUCACCCUUUGGCCCGCCACUGUGACAUCCUCACGUCGAUCGAGACGCGUAUAUCCAUGCUCAAUAUGACAUACUCCAAAUUUAUCGACAGUGGCGUCUGCUGUUUUAUACCCGGAAAGGUUAUAGACGAAAUCCGUCGAGUCCUACACAUAGCAGAGAACUCCAAAUCGCCCCCGCGAGCCCAUGAGGUUCUACAAGAACUACGGGACAUCUCCAGCAUGGCUAUAGAACAUUUCGACGACAAGAUAUCGCCGGCUUUAAGGGCGAGGUUGCAACAGCAGGCCGCGCCUAUGCCGCCGAGACCACAUGUAUUCUCUCCGCUCGCAAUACGUCAGGAGGUGUCUUCACUUCGCCGUCGCUCCAUACUGAACGCCAAACUGUCUCUAUACCUCGCCACACAGUACAAGAAGUACCACAACAAACAGAUGAUGGAGUAUCAGAAGAUCGCGUGGCGUCAGCGGAUCGUCAUACGGCGUAUGCUGGCGCGACAGAGAAGGCAGGAGGCUAAUAUUGCCGAACUCAAACGUCGUAUAGACGAGUGCGAUAUACGCUACAGCGAGCUCACACACACGAAGCCGGCGGUCGGGCCUAGUAUUUCGGGAGCAGAAUCUCCACCGCCGGCCGCGCCGCUGCGCCACUUCGGCAGUCAGAUCAAGUUGGACCUCUCCGUGUUGCCUAUCGGCACCAAUCGCCGAGGUCGGAGCUUACUGCCCAACAUAAGGCCGAGAAAACCAGUCAUCCGCAUGCCGAGUCUGUCAGAGGAUGACCCCCCCGCGGCCCCGGACGCGCCAUCUACUUCCCGGGACGCGCCCAGACCCAGCCCCAAAACCAAGGUCCAAUCCACGCUAGCCAAGAUCCGCGGCAUCACCAACGAGAUUCGCCACCUGACCAACUUAUCUCGCAACAUCGAGGGCACGAUGAAACGACCCUAUUGUACCCCUGAAGAUUUGGAAGAGGUGAAAAAGAUGAAACUAGACUAACCGAGCAAUAAUUGAAGGUCUGUUUAUACCCUUAUAAAGAGAUAAGGGACAACUUAUGUCAACCUAGCUUUUAAACAUUGACUAUACUCUGUAUCUUUCAUCAUCAUCAUCUCAGCCAUAAGACGUCCACUGCUGAACAUAGGCCUCCCCCUUUUUUGGGGGGUGAAUGCCAUAAUCGCCACGCUUGGCAGGCGGGUUGGCGAUCGCAGUCGAGUACACCGAAUUUGAGGGACGCUGCUGCCCGUCCACCGGUGGUCUUGGACGUGGUUUAAGGACAUACCCGGGUCCUGGACGUGGUUUAAGGACAUACCCGGGUCCUGGACGUGGUUUAAGGACAUACCCGGGUCUCUGUAUCUUUAGGUACUUAAAUAAAAGACAUGUAACACCUCUGGAGUUGCAGGCGUCCAUAGGCUACGGUGACUGCUUGCCAUCAGGCGGGCCGUAAGCUUGUUUGCCACCGAUGUGGUAUAAAAAAAAAGUAAACAAACAAUUUGUACAUUUUCGGGUAGUUAGUAACUAACCGCUAACCGGCCACUUACAAAACCGCCUGGAUCAGUCACUGAACGACCUGACUUUAACCUACGUUAUUUGAUCGUGUAAUGUUUCCAUCUACUCUCAACUGGUAGUCGAGUCAUUUGAGGGUAGAUUUUGUUUACUUAUUAAUUAAAUACCUAAAGAUACAGACUAUAGAUUUUAGCCAUCUUUGAUCUUACCCAAUCAAUGUAUCUUAGAACUAGAGCAGCGGUCGGCAACCAGCGGCCCGCGAACCUCGCUUGCGGCCCGCGAGCCACCCUGGUUACUUUGUAUGUAGUAUUGACAAAUGACAAUGUCUGAUAAAGUCAUAAAUAUUAACAAAGAUUGGCCCGCGUCCACUUCAUUAAACUGCUAUGUGGCCCUUGGCUGCUAAAAGGUUGCCGACCGUUGAACUAGAGUAACUAAGCAAUAAUUGUAAGUCUGUUUAUUCCCUU